UGAGGGGAUAGAUUACUUUGGACAUCUGAAUACUAUAUGGGAUUCAUGUAUCGUAUUUAAAAAAUAGAAAACACAUACGGAUGACAGCGUUGAAUAUUGCGGAUGUGAAAUUACCCUGCUAAUAAGUAGACUGUAUGACAUGAAGAAAAGAGACCCACAGAACUAAUUCGAGAGAGAUGGCAAGUGAAGUAUGCCAACCGCAAAGCGGUCACGUGAUUAACCAGCACGGAAUGUCACGCCCGACAUCAAAACGGUACAGCCUCGCGCUUAGUACCUCUAGACCAAAAACGGAUCAGCCGUCCAUAACACCACGUGACCUAGCAGAUUGGACCGAUCAGGAAUCUAUGGCCACAGAAAGGUCCAGUAUCCUGCAGAGGCCAAUGACCGCUAGACCCAUAUCGAGAAGAAGUCGAACAUUCGUCACGACGGAUGAAAGUGGUUCAAAUAACACGUCAUAUCAUACUUUGGAAAGAAAUAUGAAAAAUAUACAAGGAGCAAACCCGACACAUGCUCCGACCCUGAUAAACAGUUAUUACAACCACAGUCCUGGGUACGAGUUUGAGAAGUUUACCGGUAAUAUCCGAGACGACGAGGAGUAUUACCUGGAUAUGGACCCAAUCGAAUACUUCUACAGCCCAGUGUUCGAUUUGUAUCCUUAUGGCUACAUACUGAAAAAUCAGUCAAAAACAAUUCAGACACCAAAGAAAUAUUCUAAUAUAUAUCCCUCAAAAGGAGAUUUUGAAACCAAAGAAAAUCAAAAUGAUAACUUUUUGUCUUCCAAGACAACAAAUGAGACGGGAAGCACGGAUCCUAAAACCCCCAAACCCGUGAGUGAUUUUUCAUUAAAAGCAAAUCCCUUUCCCCCUCGCAGUCGUCUCCCCGUCCCUAUUGCAAAUCCCAAGUUUAAGAAAGCAAUACCUAAACAUGAUAGCACUCCACCUGUUCAAAAUAUCGAAUAUCGCAGGGAUUUGUUUGAACCGAAACAGAAAAUAACAAAGAUGGGUUCAUUAGCAAACAAUUCAUCAUUAAGGUCGCACGACUUUCAAACAGAGCAAACAAAGGCGCCAAACAAGCGCGGAGACACCUUCUCCAACCCUAAAAUCAAUUACCUUGGCGCUAAAAGAAAACAAAAUGAUACAUUGGUGAAAUCAGGAUUGUCUAAUUCAAAGUUUGAAGUAGUUGAUAGAGAUCAGGAGAACAGAACAAACAGCGUGAUUACUCGCGAUUUGGAUAAUCAUCUGACUGGGGACGACUCAAAUAGUCGCUUAAAGUCUCGCGAAAAGUGUUCUUAUAACAGAUUACGAGAGUAUUCCCAUAACUCGCCUAAUUACAGUGUAUCAAAAAAGCCCUCGGAAUUGAACAUUGAAAGAUCUCCGGUGAGCGGAAAACAAUCAGUAAAGUUCCAUGACAACCAGAAGAGUCACAAGUUCAGUGAGAAAUGGACUCCGUCAGGGCGUACGCUGGAUAGUCAUUCGAUUCUGACAAAACACAAAUCAAAUGUAACGAACCAGCAACCUCUCUUUAGGCCUAAAGCACCGGAAGUCCAUAAUCAGAUUAAGUCACGUGAUCAUAAUGCAACCAGGAGACCUCUUUCCGAGGAUAUAAACAGUGUGAUGACGAAGGAAAAUAACUCAUCAGAAGUUAAAGCGGACAGACUUCAGAAUUCUCCUGUCAUUGGGAAAUACAGGCACCCUUAUUUGAGAACAGGAAAGCAACUGAGCCUGCCGAAGAUUCGCCCGCAGACGGAAAAACCACCAUUGUUAGAAGUCAAGGCCCCUAACUCACCUCCCAGAAAACUGAAACCAGUGUUAGUAAAAUUUGAUAACAUGCAUUUCUGAAAUAAACAGAAAUCUUUCAUCACUUUAUAUUUUUUUGUGCUGCAGACAGUACUGCUGUACGUUUCUUUUAACAAUUGUGCUGAAUUCUUUGUCCGUGGAGACAAUGCAUUUAUUUUAUUUUACGCUUUUCAUUCCAAGUGCUCUGAAAACUUUUUUAUAUAUAUAUAAUUAAGCAGAUCAGUGUUGUAAUUGUUGAUCAUAUACAUCAACUCAAGCACGAUUUGAAAAACUCUUGCCAGCUCAGUCUAUGAUAUAAACAGUUUUUAUUGUGUGUUUGAACUGAGAGUUACAAUGGUGCUUAUAUCUUGUAAAAGAAAAUCUCUGUGAGAUUCAUUAAUAAACUGAAAGUGAGUAACGUUCUGUGCCAAGACAAGGUCUCAUUGCAGAUUUUCUCCAGAAUUAAGACUAAUUAACAUUCCCUUUCCCUCUCAAUAGAAUCAUCAGAACAGAUCUGACACGCGGGGAUUGUUGAAAUUUUAUUCUCAUUAGUAGUUAAUCAAAAUUUAUUGCAGCUUGUCAACAAUAGGUCUACACAAAUCCACACAUUCAUGUGCUACCUAUUUUAAUUAAAAGAAAAAAAACAGUUCUGUUUAAUAUUGUCAAAUUGAUCAAAGAUGGAAUUUAAAACAUUUGUAUGAAAGACCCCCGAUUCUGCUCAGGGUAUGGCAAUUGCCAAGCGAAUGCGAGACACAAUGGGCAGUCGACUGAUAUACACAUAUAACAAAUAAUGAAGUUUUUGUCAUGUCGUAUUCAUGUCGACAAAUUCGUAUAUAAUGAUAUGUUUGAGUCCAUGUCACCAAGAUUCUCUUGUCGUUAAACGGGAAAGUAAACUUAUUAAAUUUUCCAUUUAAGAAAGAUUUCCCAAUAUCUAGAUGUGC